ACACACACACACACACACACACACACACACAGAGGUUUCUUUUACAAAAUCCAGCACAAACGUUUACUUACUUACUAACUUAUUUAACCGCUGCAGCUCUCAAUGUUAAUAAAGCAUUGCAACAUCAUGAGUCUACUUCCUGCUUGAUUCAACUUGCUUUAGCCUUCGUGUCUCUGAACUUUCUGGAUUCAUUUUCUCAUAAUCCGCUCACUUUUACACGUAUAUUUUACCAUCUGUGUUCAGUUAUUUUUUUAUCAACUUUCGUCAAUCUACUGAGACCUCAGAUGGCAAAGAUCAUUUCCUGAAGAUUUCACAAAUAUAUGUCGUCUCAUAUUUGCAGCGCUAAAUGUUUUUUUGCUGGAGUUCUUAUUCAUUCCUUAACUCUUGAAGCUAAUAUUCGUGCAGGAUUCUUUUAGAUCUGAAUGUAUCCCUACACUACAAAAACUCAAAAUCUUGCCAAGUAUAUGUGUCUAAUAUCUAGUCAGAAUAUAUCUCUACACCUCAUAUAAGACAUACUGACUUCAGAAGUAACACUGCAGUGAGAUAUCGGGUCUUGUUUUUAGACAAUGCAUCAUCUUGUUAAGUCAAAAAAUCUUAUUUCGAGUUGUAUCUCAGAGGAAACACCAUUCUUUUUACAUAUUUAUUAGAAAAUCACCAACUAUCUUCAGAACACAGAACACUUUUAAGCAUUUGUGGCUUAUAUUGUAACAACAUCUCCUGAUUCUGGUCAAAUAUAGUUCAAAAUGAGUUCUGCUAAUUACAAGAUCUGAUUUAUCUGAAUAUCCCUUCUUAUUUCAAAACAUCUAACCAAGCACAUUUUCCCUUGUUCUAUUGGCAGAUUUUUCUACUUAUUUCAAGUGAAAACAGCUUGUUUUCAAUAUUGUUUAACUUGUUUUUGGAGCAGCAUUUCUUCCGGCGCAUGGUUGAUAGCACUGGAUGCAAGUUGCUUUGGAUAAAAGCUAAAUGUAAUGUAGUAAUGCUGUGAGAUGUCCUGGUGAUGUGUCUUUUCUUCAGGGCGGGGAGGAGGAAGAGCAUGGCCAGCUUCCUGGGUCUGGCGGGAUGCGCCUGCCUCUGCACGAUGUUCGUCCCUGAAAACACAGGCUCUCUGCUGAGCGUUACGUCGCUGGCGCUUCUGGGAAAACUGAUGGUCAGCGCAGCGUUCAACAUCGCCUACGUCUACACCUCCGAACUCUACCCGACAGUCAUCAGGAACGCUGGUUUGGGAGUUUGCUCCAUGGCCUGCAGAGUUGGAGGAAUCCUUGCUCCGUUUGUUCCCUCCAUGCGUGCUCUCCACACCUCCAUGCCCUUCACGGUGUUCUGCCUCAGCGGCUUCUCGGCCGGCUGCCUCAGCCUCCUGCUGCCGGAGACUCUGAACAGACCGGCAGUCGACACUCUGGAGGAGCUGAGCAACGACACACACUGCAGAGUGCUGGAGAGCAAGGCUCUUUUGUACGAAGAUGACAAACUGAAAUCGAACCACAAGUGAGGCCUUCAUCACAUGAUUCCUUAUGAAGCUGCUGCACCAGAGAAACGGUGACCUGUCCCUUCUUUUAAUUACCUCGAAGGACUGAUCGCCACGUUAACGUCUCUGAACACACACCGUUAGGGACGAAGAAGCUGCUCUGCCUCCAGGACGAAGGUGUAAUCAUCUGCUCCUCUUGUGUGUGACUCCACGGGAAAACACAGUCGCCAAACUGCCUUUCUAUUUCCUGAAAAAAACAAGGUGUUUGUGCCUUACCUGGAGGUACACCGGGCGACAAAGACACGUAUGUGACUUUAAUUACAUUCCAGAGAUGCCAGAGAAGGGGGAAAUCCAACUUGCUAAUCGCAGGUUUUUCUAAAUAAAGUUUGGCGACACGAUGCAUCCACAAACAUUCCCGAAAAUACAGUCAGGUUAGAUUUAUAGGGACCACAAUCAUUCUUCAGGGGAACGAUUCAAUCUUUCUCUUGUGUCUCCGUCCUGAACGUCCUAGAGAGUGGAAACACACGUAAUGAUACACAGACUUUCCAAUAUUUCCUUUUCUUACAGUCUGACCUGCUGAUUCUACCUUCUUUCUAAGAACUAUGACAGACCAGCAUUUUUUGUAGCGUUCCUUUUUAUGGAAGUUUAAAUCGAAUGAAAUUUUAUAUUUUGACUACUAAAUAAUAAUGUCAACUUUUUCUCAUUGACUUAAGGAGUUAAUGAUUUCUGGAAGUCUGAUCUGCAAAUUGCCUUUACAUAAACACAAAUAUAUGUAUGUACCUUUUCUUUCGUGAAACAUUCAAAUAGAAUUUUAUUUUUUUACAUCAUAAAACGGUGACUAUUGAAUAACAAUUUCUCAAAAUCUGCACAAACGUACAGGAACUCAAAGUCAUCUCCAAACUAAAAGGUGCUCCAGGUUCUUCUUAAAGAGGCCCUGUUAUGCUCUCUGGGGUUUCCUCUUUGCGUGUGUUUCAGUGCAUGUAAAUGGUCUGCAAAGGCUAAAAGGCCAACGUUUCUCUUAAAGGUUAAUGCAUGACCAAAAAGCUAAUAAGAGAGUUUGAACUGCACUAAAGUUUACAUAAUUCUUCAGUUAGAAAUAAUAAUAACUGCCUAAUUUGGUUUGAUUUCAGGGUUUUCUGUCGCUUAUCGCAUUCUUAGUGCAUUUAUUUGAUUCGAUUGGAUAAAUAAACACAUUUGCUGCUCAUUUAGAGGUGAUAUUCUGAUGAGCCUUCAAUGAGGUUAAAUAAGAGUAAAAACACUGGAGAGAAAUCAUUCACCAGCCUUAAAUUGAAUGCUUGUAACAAGAAAAAUCUUUAUUAAACACGACGAUAAGUGACGAGCAAAGAGACUCACAUGUAGCGACAGCAAGCAGAUUAAAAUUGCUCAAUUCCUUAUAAGUGUUUGAGCUGUAAUCAUGCAGCACUCCAGUACAGACUGAGGGUGAAAUGCAUUGUGGGACAUAUUUUGUAAGUCCGAUGGGACCGGUUGAAUUUACGAUGAUUCAUAUUUAUUUAUUUCCUCUUAUCAUGUUUUCUAUGUCCGGAUUUUGAUACCAAGUAUUCUGUA